GAUGAGUUCUGCUACAAGUGUGGAUACCAAAAAUGCUGAUGCAAUUUGCUCAAGUCAACGUGCUCACAGCAGAAGCAGUCACAGUCUUCGGUGGAACAUCUUCGAUCUGAUUGCCCCUCCUAACAUCCCUGUUGGUACUGCUGGGGAGACAUGGGUGCUUUUAGACACGAAAAAGACACUCCUGGCGCUUGCCUUGACAUGCAAGUCAUUCACUGAACCUGCAUUGGACCUUUUGUGGCGACACCUAGGCGGGCUCGAACCUCUUAUCAAAAACAUGACGCUCGAUGACUGGUCCAUUUUUUGCAAAUACAACUACCGUGUCCGUUCAUUGCUCAAUCAAUGUCAUGAGAGGUACUCGAAGGAUACGAUCUGUAGCACCAAAAAUCUGGCGUGCCCUCAGUCGCCCUCCCUUCUCCUUCCCUUGCUCCCCAACUUGACAUCCCUUACCUGGGAUAAUGCCUCCGACAAGACAUUUCAAUAUGUUCAGUUAUUCACGUUUGGCCCAUCCAAACAGUCCAUAUUUUCAUCUAUCGCAAAGUCGUGCCCUUCUAUCUCGGAUCUCGGUUUUGAUUUCGGUCGAAAUAGGGAUGAAUACACAGAAUCAGUCGGAGAUACGUCGACAGUGUUGCGGUUGUGGUCUCAUCUAACGUCGGUGAGAACCGGAACGAUUUCCGAAGCAACCAUACUACACUUGUCCAAAUUGCCUUCACUCCGAGUUUUGAAGUUCACAUUACCCUCAACUUCCAUAUCUACAGAUGCACAGAAGCUCCUCCAGCGGCCUGUGUUCUGCGCGUUACAAGAGCUGGACGUGACAUUCAACAGUCUAGUCAUCUUGGAUGCUUUUUUGGAGAAGCUCGCUAUCACUCCGAAAGUAUUAUCCUUUGCGAUCACUCGUGGAGUGGGUUCCGAACGGGCUCUGCCGGGUCUGAUUUCUCGUCUAUCCGAUGUCUGUGCACAUAGCUCAUUGCAAGAGGUGCGACUCAGCAUCACUGGUCAGCCCGCUUAUUACAAUGCUUCAAUCGAAGCUGCGGCCUUUCAACCACUCUUUGCCUUUCGCAAUCUUCGCAAGCUUGACUUCGAACCGGGCGCCUUCUGCAUUGUGCAAAUAGAUGAUGCUUCCCUUCUGCAGAUGGCUAAGGCAUGGCCGUACCUAGAAGAGCUAUGCAUUUCCAAAUACCCUUCGAGAUAUCAAGUCACUCCACAUGCCUUCGUCGUGCUGUUGCGGUAUUGCCCGCGUUUACGCUCGGUUACCGUUCCCAUAGAUUGGUCCACGAUAGAUGUGCAUACCAUACCCCCUGACAUUCCUUACCAAGGAUUUUCUCAAAAGGCACUAUCCAAUUUAUUCGUCGGCGGUUCGCGUAUCACGCGUCCAACAUCAAUUGCCGCUUUCAUCUCAGCCGUCGCACCCAACUUGCGGUCAAUUACGGGGACAGACUCCUCGUGGAAAACCGUUCAAAAUUUGCUCGAAACUUUGCCCAUGGUUCGUGAGCAGGGAAGGAGAAUGAUGCUGAACGAGAUAAAGCGAGGUUACUACGGGGUUGAUGGUAACGUUUGUUAGGAGGGUUUUGAGGAAUAGAGCGGAAGCGAGCACGGAUAUAUUCUUCAUCUUAGCCAUCAGACUUCGGGGAGGAGGAAUUGAGGAAGGAUGUCUAAAACCCACGUCUUGAGUUCUCCUUGUUGAUUUGCGCUCGUUGAUCUAAACUCGAGUUUUUUUUAUCAAUUAGGUGACUUCUUCCAAUCAGAGUACCUCAAGGAAUCUUUACAUAUCUCACAGUAUUAGAACAGGAGUUCGUAUGUUGUAUCAUAUGUUAUCAGGAUUACAGUGCUGAAUAUUACAUGCAUUGAAAGACGA